GAAAAAUGUGUCCCAUCCGUAAAUACACUUCACGUGUUGGUGAGUGUAAAACAUGUCUACCGACGUUGCUUUAAAAAGGCCUAAAACUGUGUCCUCUCAGCCCGAGGAGAGGCUGGACUGGAAGAAAAGGAAAGCAGAGAUAAAAGAGGCUAACAAGCAAAGGAAGGAGGACAAGCUGAUCAAACAGCUGGAGAAGCAGAAACAGCAAGAGGCGGCAGAGAGAGCAAAACUUGAACAAAGCCAGAGCAAAAAAGGUAGGCCGUACACGGUGAGUGUGGCCCUGCCUGGUUCUGUGCUGGAUAACGCUCAGUCGACUGAGCUUCGUACAUACUUAGCAGGACAGAUCGCUCGGGCCUGUGUGGUGUUCUGUGUGGAUGAGAUCAUUGUGUUUGAUGAACAAGGGGAAGAUGUCAAGAGCGUUGAAGGAGAAUUUAAAGGUGUUGGGAAGAAAGGACAUGCUUGUAUUCAGCUUGCCAGAAUACUUCAGUACCUUGAAUGUCCACAGUAUCUGCGCAAGUGGUUUUUCCCAAAGCAUCAAGACUUGCAGUAUGCAGGAUUGCUGAACCCUUUGGACAGUCCUCACCACAUGAGGAUAGAUGAGGAAUCGGAGUACAGAGAAGGAAUCGUCCUCGACAGGCCGACAAAACAAGGGAAAGGUUCAUUAGUCAACUGUGGAAUGAGAAAGGAUGUUCGGAUUGAUAAACAGCUGCAGUCUGGACUGAGAGUCACAGUGCAGCUCAAUAAGACGCAGAACCAAGAGAGCAGAAUGUUUAAAGGGACAGUGGUGGCUCCUCAUGUACCCAGGACUGAAGGAGGUCUCUACUGGGGUUACAGUGUCCGCUUGGCAUCUUGUCUCAGUGCAGUUUUCACAGAAAGUCCAUAUAAAGAAGGAUACGAUCUGACUAUUGGCACAUCAGAGAGAGGCAACCACAUGGACCAAACAACACUGUCGCCAUUCAAGCAUCUUUUGGUCGUUUUUGGAGGUCUUCAGGGAUUGGAGGCCAGUGUAGACACCGACCAAAACCUGGAUGUGACUGACCCCAGUGUUUUAUUCGACCUGUACCUCAACACGUGCCCCGGUCAGGGCAGCAGGACCAUUCGCACAGAGGAAGCCAUCUUAAUUUCCAUGUCAGGGCUGAGACAGAAGAUCACAGCUGCUUUUUCAGAUGUUUCCAAUGGUUCAUGAAAGAAUAAAUAAUAGAGGAAAAUAAAUAAAGACAUGCUGGUCGAAUUGUUUAACUGGUGUGUGAACUGCAAAGUUGUUCAUUUACUAUUUCCCAAUAAUAUUUUCCAUAAAUAUCUCAUCACACCCAUCAGUGCAUUGUGCAGUCAAUGCUAGAUACCCGUCAGAUUUGUCUUAGUUAUUUUUUUAUGUCUUCAUUCUGUAUGUCUUUCAAGAAAUUGUACAUAUAUAAAUACAUAUACUAUCCACAGGCUUGAACUGACUUGUAUUGGGUUUUUUUGUUUGUUUUUCAAAGCAUAUCAUUUGCUUUUCCAUAAACGAAAAGCAUUGUUGAGACUAGCAUAACAUGGACAAACAGAUGGCACAGAACAUUUGUGAGUUAAAUGUUCAUCAAUAAAUACCAGAGUCGAGCUUCAGAUUUCUGAAUGAGCUCAACUGUGUGUCUGCAGUAAGAGAAAAAAGUUCCAUCUGCUGAAAAUUAUACGAUUUUUUUUUUUUGUUCAAGCCUGUUACAGUUCUCAGACUGUCCUGUGGAUACAUCACAUUCCAGUAGCAAUGCAUGCUGCAUGCAUCCACCUCGCAUAUUAGCAUUUAUUUGACCCUUCUCAAGAGAAGACUAUUUUUAUGCCGGUUGUAAAUGAGACCUGCAGUUUUCAUCCAGGUGGAUUGAUUAAUUUAAACGCAGUAUGCUUAGCUUAGCUCCCACACUAAAACGUACCUUUAUGAAGGUUAUAAUAAGUUAAUGUUAAAACUGUUUUAUAGAAGUGUUGAUUCAACUUUACAGUUAUUGUGAUUGUAAUUAGUAGUGCUGUGUUAUUCUGGCAGGUGUUUAAAAUAAUUAAUUUACCCUUGUUAUAAACGGGGUUGACAAAAUGUCAGAAACUGAGCAUGUUAAUAAAUUUUGCAGGCAGUUUAAUCACAGUCAGUGCGGCUCGUAUAUUCAUCCCGUUCAUUAUUGACCAUUGUUUUUCAGUAAGUAAGUAGAUAACAAACUUACUUAAAGUAAGUAAAUCACACAGCUCAUAUUAAUCAAGCACAUUGCGGGCAGUGUGAUAAAAUAUCUGCUGAUUAAUACUUGCAAAAGGUGACAUCGUUGGAAGUAACUACACCCUCCUCCGCUCCGUGUUUUCUUCAAUAAAGUUUCAGUUUGACUUGUAACUGAAUUGUGCAGUCAUAAGAGCGACACACUGACACGUAACACGACCAUAAUGCAAUUGAACUCAAGCUGCAUGCGCUGGAAUGCCACUGAGGUAAAAAGGUUUCAUGAGGCGACAGUUUUAUGUUUAUGUACCAACUUCAAAUUGAGGGGACA